ACUCUUUGCCUUUUCUCAUCCAACCAAAGAUAAGCAAACUAAUAAACCCUCAAAUAAGUUUGAAGUUUCUUAUUUUAUGAAAAUGGCCUACUCAAAGGCUUUAUUUCUUGCCCUCUUUGCUAUAACUCUUCUUAUCUCUACUGAAGUGUUAGCUCGUGAGCUAGCUAAGUCCGAAACUGACCAGACUCAUUCUGUUGAGGAAUCUAAGUAUGGUCGUAGUAGAGGAUAUGGCGGACAUGGUGGCUCCUACGGAGGUGGCUCUUAUGGACACGGUGGUGGUAGUUAUGGACAUGGUGGUGGUAGUUACGGACAUGGCGGUGGUGGCUAUGGAGGCGGCGGACAUGGUCAUGGUGGACACGGAGGUCAUUAUCCACCUAAAGUAGAGGAGAACAAAGAUCAAAAGAACGAAGCCGUGGAGCCUCAAGGGUAUGGAGGAGGUGGCUACAGCCACGGUGGUGGAUAUGGUGGUGGAAACUAUGGACACGGUGGUGGCAACUAUGGCCAAGGUGGGGGAAACUAUGGACACGGUGGCGGCAACUAUGGACAUGGUGGUGGUAGCUACGGACAUGGUGGUGGCGGCUAUGGACAUGGUGGUGGCGGCUAUGGACACGGUGGUGGCGGCUAUGGACGUGGUGGAUAUGGCCACGGUGGUCAUGGUGGUCACUAUCCCCCACAGACGACUAAGACUGUCGAGAAACAAAUUAAAGUGUAAGUGACCGAGUUGUAGCUCAAAAAUAAAGUGUGUAUGUAUGUACAUGACUUUUAUUACGUUUGUGUCUUAAGGAAUUGAAAAAAGAGAAUAUAUAUGAAUGUUGGGAAAAAUGCAUUGUAUUGUAUAAGUUGAUGUUAAUCCAGCAUGUAAUGAUUCUCUCAACCUUUGUAAUGUGCUUCAGAUUAUGCAAUGUAACGACUCUCUGUUAAGUUGUUAGUUAUAUCUUACAUGUAUGAAAGGAAGUUGUGUUAGUAGUA